AUGCUUCGCAGACAACCCACCAAGAUCACUCUGGUCCAGGACGAUAUUGCUGCUUACGAUGCCAAUAAACUCAGAAAAGAUCAGGAGAAGAAUCAGCAGCAGCGUGCGGACCUUAGUUCCUACAGCGAUUCACGUUUCGACCCAUCUAGAGGCCCACGAAAAGACACAAGGACCAAGGAACAGAGACUUGGCCUAGAUGAUGGCGCGAGUGCGGCUAUUCCCCUUGGUGGCUUGUGUCACUCUCUUGUUGUGUUCGUUCUCUUUGACGCUCNNGUUCAAGCCCAAUCACCCGAAACGGCACCGCUUCAUACUACAAAUCAUGUGAAGCGCUACGGCUCAGGGACUCCCUACUGGUUCUCUGAGAUCACCAGGCAAGGCAAAGUUGUAUAUGGCGCAAACUCUUCAUACGUCGUUUGGAGGAAUGUAAUGGAUUAUGGAGCUAAAGGUCUGCUUGAGUGCUUCAAUUGCAAUCGUUAUUUAUCUGACAGAAUCCAGNGCGAUGGCGUUACUGAUGACACCGAUGCUAUCAACAAUGCAACAUAUGAUGGCAACAGAUGUGCCUAUCCUUGUGAAUCACAGACUACCGCUCCAGCCAUUGUGUACUUCCCCCCUGGUACAUAUGCUAUCAGCAGACCCCUUGUUAUGCUGUACUACACACAAUUCAUCGGAGACGCCAACAAUCUGCCUGUGAUCCUGGGUCUUCCGAACUUCUAUGGUAUCGCUUUGCUGGAUUCAGACCCAUAUCUGGCCUUUGGAGUCAGCUGGUGGGCCAACCAGGUAAGUCAACCUACUGUACAUCUCCAGCGCAAUGCUGAUACGUCGCGUCUAGNNAAUAAUAUGUGGCGUCAAGUCCGCAAUUUUGUUCUGGACAUUCGUCAAAUACUCCCAGGUACGGCUCAUUGCUUGCAUUGGCAGGUAGCUCAAGGAACAUCGCUACAGAACAUCGUUUUCGAGAUGACUGAAGGCGGUGACGAUAAUCAGCAAAUGGUCAGUCUACACAAUUUCGGAUGGCGAUAUGCGUUACUGAUUCUGCUUAGGNGCGUCUUCAUGGACAAUGGAUCGGCCCUGUAUCUGGAAGAUCUCAUUUUCAAUGGAGGUUCAAUUGGCUUCUUCUCUGGCAACCAACAGUUCACUUGCCGAAAUCUGACCUUCAACAAUUGUCAGACCGCCAUUUACCAGAACUGGAAUUGGCUGUUUGCCUACAAGGAUAUUGUCAUCAACAAUGCCGCGAUUGGUAUAGACAUGACGCAGGGCGGAGAUGUUAUCACUACUGGCGCCAUCACUUUGCAAGAUGCCACCAUGAACAAUGUCGGCAUUGGUGUCCUCACCACCUUCUCUUCCAACUCGACGCCUACCUCUGCCGGCACAUUCGUUCUGGAUAACGUGAAUUUUGUCGAUACCCCGGUCGCUGUUCAGCUAUCUCCUAGCAAUGCUACUCUUCUUGAAGGCAACCAAAGGGUUGCCUCGUGGGUCCAAGGCAGGGUCUACACUGCGUACGAAUCAAGCUACGAAGAGAAUAACCUUACUUGCUACGGACCUGCAGCCAACUAUGCUCGUGUACAACAAGUUGUCGACCCUGCUCCCAAAUCCCCAUCUCUCUUGAACGCUGAUGGAUCAUUCUUCACACGUUCAAGACCUCAGUAUGAAGGUGUUCCCGUCGAAAACUUCAUAUCGAUCAAGACUUACGGGUGUGCUGGAGACGGUGUUACUGAUGACACUGCUUGUGUGCAGAGCUUCCUGGAUUCAAUUCAGCCCGACCAGAUUGCCUACAUCGAUUACGGCGCUUAUGUCAUCAGAGAUACUAUCAAGUUCCCCAUCCCGAUCAAGGUUCAGGGCGAGUUGUGGCCUUACUUCAUGGUAGAUGGUUCGGCACCUAGGUUCAGCGAUCAGAACAAUCCCCAAGUAGCGUUCCGUGUUGGCGAGCCUGGUCAAGUCGGCGAUAUCGAGCUUGUCGAGAUUAUAUUCCAGACCUUGGGUGCCGCUCCUGGUGCUAUCAUGAUGGAAUGGAACCUUGCGCAAUCAUCCCCCGGUUCUGCUGGUACCAACGGUACCGAGUUGCAGUCAACCAAUUGUGCCAAAACACCUAAUGUCCCCACCUCACCCAAUCCGGAGUGCUAUGGCGCCUUCUUGCUCCUGCAUAUUACAAGAUCGGCAUCUUUGUACAUGGCCAACAACUGGGGCUGGGUCAGUGAUCACGAGAUGGAUCUAGCUGGUAGGAUGAAAGCUUUUGUGCUUAGAUUGACAAGGGCUGACCGACUUUCUANNGAUCAUAACCAAAUCAACCUUUACAACGGCCGAGGAGUCUUGGUCGAAAGUCAGGGUCCUGUAUGGAUGGUCGGCACAUCCUUCGAGCACAGUAUGCUAUACAACUAUCAGGUCGCUUCCGCCAAAGAUAUCUACAUCAGUGCAUUGCAGACAGAGACUGCAACAAUCCCAAUGCUAUUGCGCCAUAUCCGCCAAUGA